AUGUCAUUCAACGUCAACUGGGAAUCUCUAGAUACAGAUUCCUUAAUCAACUGGACCAAAGACCUUUUAACUUCCGCUUUAAAUUCAGGUAAAACUCCAAAUAUCUUAGCAUCAAAUAUUCAAAUUAAAGAUUUAAAUUUUGGUAAAAUAGCUCCAAAUUUCGAAAUCUUAGAAAUUGGUGAAUUAGAUUCUGAUCGUUUCAGAGGAAUCUUUAAAAUCAAUUAUGAUGGUGAUUUCCAUUUAACUUUACAUACCAAUGUUCAAGCUAAUCCUUUAAAUAUUUAUUAUUCAAAUAGUUUGGAAUAUGAAAUUAAUGAAUCAAAUCCAUUUAUAACUCCUCAAUUUCUUUUAUCAAAUGAACAAUUCGCUUUACCUUUGGAUUUAAAAUUAAGUGAUAUUAAAAUAAGUGGAAUUGGAAUCAUUGUAUUUUCAAAAUCAAAAGGUUUAACUAUGGUUUUUAGAAAUGAUCCCUUGGAUUCUAUAAAAGUAAGUUCAACUUUUGAUACUGUUCAAGUAUUGGCUAAUUUCUUACAAAAUCAAAUUGAAAAUCAAAUUAGAGAUUUAUUUAGAGAUACUUUACCUACUUUAAUUCAUCAAUUUAGUUUAAAAUAUCUUGAUUUAGAUAAAUUAAAUGAAUUUGCAACUAUGUCAACCAAUCAUGAACAAAAACAAUCUACUCAAACCUCAAAUCAAUCAACUGAUGAAGUUAAUCCUGUCGGAUUACAACUUACUAAUGAAGAUGAAUCCAUCAAAACUAUCAUAUAUUCAUCCAAAAACUUACAAAAGAAUCUUAAACUUUUUAAUUCAAGAGAAACUCUUGAUUUAAAUAUUAUUAAAUUUAAAAAUGUCAUUCAAAGAUCUCAUUUAGAUAAAUUCACUAAAACUUAUCCAAAUUUAUUAAACUCAUUAUGUUCAAAUAUAAAUGAUUUAACUAUCCCUGUCAUGCCUAUCACUUCAUCUUCAACAAAUGGAAUCCCAAUUGAAUUAUUGGUGAAUAAGAAUUUUAAUAAAAUUGAUAAUAUUAUGGAAGAAAUCAGUAAUAUUCAAUCAAUUAAUUAUUAUAAAUUAAAUAAUGAAAAAUCUUCAACUACAAAUAAUAUUAAACCAACGUUGGUUAAACCCAAGAGAAGAAAAAUUAAAUAUAAUAGACAUAAGAAAGCUCCAAGUCCAACUAUUGUCCCCGCUAUUUCAAUUAUGUCAACUACUAAUACUUCCUUACCUCAAUCAGUUGAUAUUAGUCAUGCAUCUUCAUUAUACUCUACCAAUGAUUUAUUAUCAGAAACAUCUACUUUAAUCAAUAUCGAUAGUAAUUUGAAUUCAGUUCCAAUUUCAAGUGUUCAUUCUACUUUAUCUACUAAUGAUGAUAUUAUAAUCCAUCCUAAACCAAUUAGAAUCGCUCAUGAUAAAUUAUAUCAAGAGAUCUUAAAAUCAUCCGAAUCAGAUCCAUACCACCCAUCUCAUCAUCAUCAUCAUCAUUCUCAUCCUUUGAAAUCACAUACGUAUGAAACCAUUGUCGUUGCUCCUCCUCCACCUUCCACCACAUCUUUAUUAUCGGGGGUUGGAAUCGGGAAUAAUUAUUUCAAUUUUACAAAUUUAAAUAAUAGUCAAACAUCCCCAAUUAAAUCAUCGCAUGGAUCGUUAAAGGAGGAGAAGAAAUCAAUGAAUUAUAUCGAUAUUAAUAAAAUCAAUGAUAAAUUACGUAAAUUAAGUCUUGAACAAAAACAACAAAGAGAAAGAUUGAUUAAACUGCAUUAUGAAUAUUCCGGUCAUGGAUUAUUUGAAAAUGCUCCUACAACUUUAGUUCAACCUCCUCCUCCCUACUAUCAUUGA